AUGAAGAGUCGACUCAAAAUUUGGCUUGUCGGCGACACCGUACAGGACGUAGCUAGCAACAAGCUUGGGCAGUUGCUGUCUCGCUUUGAUAGCUUACUCGCGGACUUCCACCCGUAUUUCGAGCCCUUGAAGGAGACGGUCAGGAAACUUUUGGCCACGUUCAACAUGGACCAAUCAAUGAAACCAGGCUAUAUACCCCCUACAUACGAUGAGUUCCUCGCCGUCCUCAAAGCUGGCCGUGAUGCCUUGCCCCUCGUGGACGACCCACCGCCGGAAAACGGAAUCGUCGCUCAACCUGCCAACAAUGACCAGCCUGCAGAGCCAGCAUCAAACGUGCUGCACAGGUCUAGACGUUAUAAACGUAGCCGCACGGAAGAAGACGACAUCCAGGACACGUAUGCUACACGUAGUGGCAGCCAUGGCGAGGCGGGUCUACGCGACCGGUUCACGACCUCUGAGAGAAACAAACGCAGUCGCCUCAGCCAGUCAACCUCGACCCGCGUUCUCCGUUCCGACAGCAAGAAGGCUCAGGCGCGUGAGUAG